UAUCGCGCUGUUUGGAACUUUGUUUCAAAAGAACGUGGGGGUGUUGCAUCGCGCCUGAAGUUCUGAAUAAGAUGACGCAUGACGUUCUCAGCAAUGUUUUGAUUCUCUCGAUCGUGACGUCACCGGCAAUACUAUACAAAAAUGGUUCCUACUUAGUUUGGCAUCGGAAGGCAAAGUGUUUUCAAACUUUAAAUGGUACAGUUUCGACAAAAUGAAGGGCUAAAUUGGUAAAACUGGCGAAAGCUCCAAAAAAUGGAGGCGCAUGCAGAAUCUGGACGCAGACUGCGCACCAUCAGUAGGAGAAUGUACGACGAAAACGAAGACCUCUCUGAUGUGGAGGAGAUCGCAAACAUCCGAAGUUUUAAUUUGGAAGAGAAGCUUAGAAGCGAAUCGUACAACGCCAACUACGUGAUGUCGAUGGAAGGAAAAGAUUUUACCUAUGGUUACGUGCAAAGGGAAGCACUCCGGGUUCCUCUCAUAUUUAAAACCAAAGAUGGACUGGGGAUAAAUAUGCCUGACAGUGACUUUAACGUCAGUGAAGUUAAAGGACUAGUAGGAAGCCGUCGAGCGGUGGACGUGAUGGACGUCAGCACCCAGAAGGGGACGGAGAUGAGCAUGGCGCAGUUUGUCAGAUAUUACGAGACCCCCGAGGCUGAGAGAGACCGGCUCUUCAAUGUCAUCAGCCUGGAGUUCAGCCACACUAAACUGGAGAACCUGAUCAAGCGGCCCAUUGUGGUUGAUUUGGUCGACUGGGUGGACAAUAUGUGGCCACAGCACUUAAAGGAGAAACAGAUUGAAGCCACUAAUGCCAUUUCAGAGAUGAAGUACCCCAAAGUUCAAAAGUACUGCUUGAUGAGUGUGAAGGGCUGCUACACUGACUUUCACAUUGAUUUCGGGGGCACAUCUGUGUGGUACCACAUUCACAGGGGAGGGAAGGUGUUCUGGUUAAUUCCUCCAACGCCUCAUAAUUUGGAGCUGUACGAGGAGUGGGUCCUGUCCGGGAAGCAGAGCGAUGUGUUUCUGGGAGACCGAGUCGAUGGGUGCGAGAGGAUUGAACUGAAGCAAGGAUACACGUUCUUCAUCCCAUCAGGAUGGAUCCAUGCAGUCUACACUCUGGAGGACACUUUGGUGUUUGGAGGCAACAUUCUGCAUAGCUUUAACAUUCCCAUGCAGCUGACCAUCUAUGAGAUCGAAAACAGGACAAAGGUUCAUGCCAAAUUCCGCUACCCUUUCUACUAUGAGAUGUGCUGGUAUGUCUUGGAGAGAUACGUGUACUGCUUGACUAAACGCUCUCAUCUCAUCAAGGACUUCCGGAGGGAUUCAAUGCUAAUUGAUGCAGAGAGGAAACCGAGCACAGAGAGCUUCUCUUCGGAUUCUCGACUAGACAUGGACGAGGAGUCGGGCGACGCCCCGAUGACAGAAGAGGGGCUGGAGAAGAGCGUCCGGUCCUCGCUGGACGACUCCUGCUCCCCAGAGACCAAAGACAAGAAACUCAAACCCUCGGGUGGCGGUGGCCGCCACUUGAAACGGACUCUGUCAAACGACUCGGACGACAGCACCAAGUCGACCACGCCGCUGGACUUUCCCAAGACUCCGUCGGGAUCCCCCGUUUCAGAAGCGUCAAACAAGUGGACCCACCUGACGGAGUUCGAGCUCAAAGGGCUGAAAGCGCUGGUGGAGAAGCUGGAGUCCCUGCCGGAGAACAAGAAGUGUGUCCCUGAGGGGAUCGAGGACCCGCAGGUGCUGCUGGAGGACAUGAAGGUUGUUCUGAAGGAGCACGCAGAUGACGACCCCAAGCUGGCUAUUACGGGGGUGCCUGUGGUGUGCUGGCCCAAGAAGACAGUGAAGCAGAGGGGCGGGGGGAGGCCGAAGGGGAAGCUGGGUGCCUCGGCGGCGGUCAAGCUGGCUGCAAACAGAGCCUCUGCGGGGGCGCGGCGGAGGAGGACGCGAUGCCGCAAGUGUGAGGCCUGCCUGCGGACCGAGUGCGGGGAGUGCCACUUCUGCAAGGACAUGAAGAAGUUCGGGGGUCCGGGCAGGAUGAAGCAGUCCUGCAUCAUGAGGCAGUGCAUCGCGCCUGUGCUCCCCCACACCGCCGUGUGUCUGGUCUGUGGAGAGGCUGGCAAGGAGGACACUGUGGAGGUCGAGGAGGACAAGUUCAACGUCAUGCUGAUGGAAUGUUCCAUUUGUAACGAGAUCGUGCACCCUGGCUGCCUGAAGGUGAAGGACGCAGGCGGAGUGGUGAACGACGAGCUUCCCAACUGCUGGGAGUGUCCGAAAUGCAACCAUGCCGGGAAGACAGGGAAACAAAAGAGAGGUCCAGGGUUUAAGUACGCCUCCAACCUGCCUGGAUCACUGCUGAAGGAGCAGAGAGUGAGCCGGGACACCAAGGAGGAGACGGAGGCUGCCGCACCUGCCAAAAGGAAGGUGGAGUGCGAGGAGACUCCCAAACGCAAAGCCCAAGAGGAGCCGGCCAAGAAACGAGCGCCUCCAACGCCAGACGCCCUGCCCAGGAGGAAAACGGAUGAGGGGCCGCUGAGGAGGAAGAGGAGGCAGUUUGAUGACAGCACCGAGCCCAGCAUCAGGAAAAAGCUGAAACUCGUAAAGGAGUUCAGGAGAAAGAGGAGAUCUUGGAAGACCCCAGAUGACCGCGCGCUGAUCCCCAAACCUCUGCGGCAGAUCAAAACCGAGCCGGAGGAGGAAGAAGAGGAGGAGGAGGAGGAGGAGGAGGAAGAGCAGGCGAGGGAGGAGGAGGAAGAGGAAGGCUACUGGGAGGGAGGGGGGGAUCUCUCCGAUCGCACCCUGAAGACGAGAGAGAGCGACCAGUCCCGCUCCAGCUCUCCGCGGGCCGGGCCCAGCAGCGAGGGAGGCAACGAGCCCCACGAGAAGGGCAGGCUUCGGGUGCGGCGGAAACGCAGGCUGGCCAACAAGGAACUGAGCAAAGAGCUGAGCAAGGAGCUCAACCUGGAGAUCCAGAAGACAGAGGACUGCCUGGCCCACGAGAACUGCCAGGCGCUGAAAUCGGAGCCGGAGAGCGAGAGUGAAGAGCCCAAGAGGAAUAAUGGCAGCAGCAGGAGCGCGCGGCUGCACAGGAGCGCCCGGGAGAACGGGAACACGAGGGAGCUGAGGAACCAUCGCCGACUCCAGCAGCUCUCCCCACCCAGCACCCCCGUGUCUCCCGUGUCUGCCCGCCCCCCCUCCUCUCACUCACCCCCGAAGUGCAUGCAGAUGGAGCGUCACGUGAUCCGACCGCCGCCCAUCAGCCCGCCUCCUGACUCCCUGCCGCUGGAAGACGGGGAGGUGCACGUGAUGCGCAGGGAGGUGUGGAUGGGUGUGUUCGGGUACCUGUCCCACAAGGAGCUGUGUGUCUGCAUGAGAGUCUGCAAGACCUGGAAUCGAUGGUGUUGUGACAAGAGGUUCUGGACAAAAAUCAAUCUGAACCGGUGCAAAUCAAUCACUCCUCUGAUGCUCAGCGGCAUCAUCAGGAGACAGCCUGUGACCCUGGACCUCAGCUGGACGAAUAUAUCAAAAAAACAAUUAAGCUGGCUCAUUAAUAGAUUACCAGGUCUGCGGGUGCUGCUGUUAUCGGGGUGCUCCUGGGUGGCAGUGUCCGCACUUUGCACAUCUAACUGCCCCUUGCUGCGGACCUUGGACGUCCAGUGGGUCGAAGGGUUAAAAGACACUCAGAUGAGAGACCUACUCUCGCCCCCAACUGACAACAGACCAGGUCAAAUAGACAAUCGGAGUAAACUGCGGAAUGUUGUAGACUUGCGUCUGGCGGGAUUGGAUAUUACGGACGCUUCGCUUCGUCUUAUAAUCAGACACAUGCCUUUACUUUCCAAACUGGAUCUCAGUUACUGUAACCACAUAACUGACCAGUCUAUUAACAUUCUAACUGCAGUGGGUACCACCACUCGGGAUUCCCUAACAGAGAUUAAUCUGUCAGUUUGCAAUAGGGUUACUGACCAGUGCCUGACCUACUUCAAACGCUGUGGAAACAUCUGUCACGUUGACUUGCGGUACUGCAAACAAGUGAGCAAGGAAAGCUGUGAACAGUUCAUAGCAGAGAUGUCUGUAAGCGUACAGUUUGGACUGGUAGAGGAAAAACUACUGCAAAAACUGAGCUAGUUAAUAAUGGACAUUUUAUAGGAUUUAAAAACAAAACAAACAAACAAAAAAAACUGGAAUCAUUUCAGAUGGAGCAGCAGCACAUGCACACUCUGAAAUUCAAUUACGUUUUAAACUUCACGGGAUUAUUCACGUAUUGAGCGAGACUUAAAUAAAAAAAAAACUAAACAAAAAAAACAAACAUGCAUUUAGUUGCAACUGAAGAUUCAAGAUCAGAGUUCAUACUAGUCUACAUUCUGGAUAUUAAACAAGUUCAAGGAAAUGGAUGCAUACUGUUGUACUGUCCAAGUUUCAGAUGGGCUUUUAUAGCUUGUACAGACACUGGGCAAAACUUGGCUUUGUGGAAUGAAUGUCAAUAAAAGCAUGUCUUUUGUACUGUUAAGAUUUAAUCUUUUACGUUGUUUUAAAAUAUAUAUAUCAAUGUGUCUAAACAAAAAAGGACCACACAGUGCAGUCAUUUUUUUACCUUGUUUUAUUAAUGUUUUGUUACAAUACAAACCUCAUGCAGAAAUAUUUUUGUAUAAAAAAUAAACUGUCUAUCUACAGCUAUGGCCAAAGGUUUUGCAUCACCCUAUAGAAUGAUCUAAUUUGGCUUUACAAAAACGAAUGAAACCUGCUGACUAAAUAUUACUUUAACAUAUUAAAUUUAAUGAAAAACUGGACAAAUUUGACAUGUUGAAAUCUAACAUGAAAACACGCGGUUUCCCAAAAGACGUCACAAAUCUUGACACAUGUUACUCAUGUAGAAGUAAUCAAAAGGUGACAAUGAGAAGUGGUAACAAGAAGAUUUGAGCUAUAUACUGUAAGCGUGUUUUUUUACAUAGAUUUUGUAGAACAAGCCACAGGGCAGAAGCCGUACCUCCUCGGAAACGCACUUGGCCAUCGUUGCACUUUAGAAGGAAGGUUUUAGCAGUCGUCAGACAGCCAGCGGAGGUCAUGCCAGCCGAGCUUGAGAGACAGGACGGCCAGCAGUGUCCACUUAAUGCGGCAAUGGAAAGAAGUUGGAGGGAAGGAGUCUCUUGGAGAACGGUCUGGUGUCAGGGAGGUCUGCUAAGAAGCCUAUUCUGAGCAAGGAAAAACAUUAGAGAUUCAAUUUUUGUCACACAUACAAAGACUGGGCCAAAUUCAUUUUCUCACUGUUUUGGAAACCGAGGUAGAUUAAGAGUUUGAAGGCGCAAAGGAGAAAGAUAGAAGCCAGAGUGUACCGUCCCAAAGAUGAAGCAUCUGGAAACUGUCCAUAUCUGGGGAUGCUUUUCUGCCAAAGGCACAGGAUCCCUACAUGUUUUACCCAAGGGGACAGCUGUGAACAAGGACUGGUACCUGAAAGCACUCCAAGACCGCCUCCUCCCUACGGCUCAGAACCGUUUUCCCAACCGUGAUUUCUACUCCAAAAUGACGGAGCUCCUUGCCAUGGAGCCAAACAAGUGAAGAAAUGGGGAGAAGACAACAGCGUCACGCCACUGCAAUGCUGGCAUUGACAUUGGAAGACGACGGCAUCACGCCACUGCAAUGCUGGCAUUGACAUUAGAAGAUGAGGGCAUCGCGCCACUGCAAUGCUGGCAUUGACAUUGGAAGACGAGGGCAUCACGCCACUGCAAUGCUGGCAUUGACAUUGGACGACGAGGGCAUCACGCCACUGCAAUGCUGGCAUUGACAUUGGAAGAUGAGGGCAUCGCGCCACUGCAAUGCUGGCAUUGACAUUAGAAGAUGAGGGCAUCGCGCCACUGCAAUGCUGGCAUUGACAUUAGAAGAUGAGGGCAUCGCGCCACUGCAAUGCUGGCAUUGACAUUGGAAGACGAGGGCAUCGCGCCACUGCAGUGCUGGCAGUGACAUUGGAAGAGGAGGGCAUCGCGCCACGGCAAUGCUGGCAGUGACAUUAGAAGCUACUGAGUCACGCCACUGCAAUGGUGGCUUUGAAAUUUGCCGUAUCUCAAUUCUAUUGAGAAUGUUUGGGGUCUGAUAGGACAGGAAAUCAGAAAAGGUCAACCAUGCAACCGAAACAAACUGGAAUCAAGUGUAAAGGGUGCAUGGAUGAACCUAAAGGAUAACUCGACCCUCCAGCGUCUCAUUGAGUCCAUGCCUGAGAGAAUUAAGGAAGUCUUGAAAUGCAAUGGAAGGCACUGCAAAUACUAAGUACUGUACUACUACUCCAGUAGACUUGUGCCAUAUCAUUCUAUAGCUUUACUGAUUUACAUGAUAAAUAAAAAUCUAAAUUAUGUAUUUUUUAAAAAAAAAUUUAUUGUCUCACUCCUAAAAUUCCAGGGUGAUGCAAAACUUUUGGCCAUUUAUUGAAUGCAAUCCGGUGUACAGAUUUUAAUUGGCCAUUUUCAUUCUGCAUUUUCUUUGGCUGAACUUAACCUAUACUUCAGAAUAUGCCUAUUACAAUAACUUGUCCAAAUCACAAAGUGUUAAUAUAAUAUAUGCUGUGGUGUUAUAACAGACUUUGGUAUUCAGAUAUAAAACAUGUUAGUUCAAAGUGAAUAGGUACGUAUCCCUUUUCAUAUGCUUCUACUAUAAUGUAUAUUUCAUUGUCUUUUUGCAGUACGGGGGGGGGGGGGGGGGUCGUGUCGUAUAUAGGACACUAAUUGCACUGUUUGACUUGAAUAAAUAUAGCUAUUUUUUUCCAAGGUUUAUCAAAUAUUUAUAAUGGGGAAAGAUGAUGCGUUUGUUUUGAUAGCCAUAAUAUCGGUUUGGAAAAAAAAAAGUGGGACAUAACUUACAAUCCGUCAUCUUAAACACUCCCACUGUGACUGUUUAACAAAGGGCAGGAUGUGCUCUUUCUGCAGCAAAUCCAGCGCUUGCAAGGGCAUUACAAAAGCACAUGCAAUUCAUAGUUCUUAAUACAGCAUAUAUACAAUAUCAAUGUGUAGUACAAAAACAAAAGCUAUGUCCUCAAUAAAUCAUAUAUAUAGUGUUGCUGUUAACUGCACCUUCUCUGUAAUCCAUGACGUGGGUUAAGGUUUUGAACCAGUAAAAUGUUCAGUGUUUUGGCCCCAAGAAGUCUUAAAGUGCCACUGUUGCAUGCCUUGCAGGCAAGCGUGAAUAUCUGUUAGUUUAGUACCAUUUACUGACACCAUUUUAAUUGGAUUUGUAUAAACAUGUUUUGAAUUAAGUGCUGUAGGUUUUUUUUUUUUUUUUUUAAAUCAUUAUUUAUAAAUUUUAAACACUUUUAAAACUGG